AUGUGGUUAGGUGAUGUGCCUCCUGAAUUGCAAGGACUUACAAUUCCUGAAGAAAAGCUAAUAUCUCUUUAUCGUCACAAUAGCUGUGUGAUAAAACUUCACUUCCCUUUUCAUUCUACUACAACUGCUCAGUCAGCAUUAAAGGGACAUUGCAUUACUUUUCUUCAAAAGAUACCAAACAUCGUUAAUAGUUUGCCACUUCGACUUCACGGUCUUUGUGAAACGCCUAAGGUGAUUUUUGUCGGAACUCGUCCUCCCGAACGCAUUCAACUUAAAAAAAUCCUAACCGUACGCAAGAAAAAAAUUAUACAAGCCUUAUAUUGGCUCAAGAAACAUAAUUUGCUUUAUCAAAGCGUUGACAUAAACUUGGAAAAUAUCGCUCAACUACCUGAAGAUGACGUACCAGAGUUCCUCAUCUCAGCUAUGGAGGAGAGGAUAGGCGAUGAAGAAAUUCCUUCUGAGCGAGUUGGUUAUAUUCCAGAUCCACUAGCUGAUCCGAUGGAAUCUGCAUCUUCUGACACAAUCCCUAUUAACAACAGUGGUGUUCUCGACGUGAAUGGAUCAACGGUGUCUUCAGAUGAAAUUACUAAUUAUGUUUUACGUAAAAUUAAAAAUGAUGGAAGAAAGGACGAAACGGAUAGCGAAAAUGUUUACUUAAUUCCUCAUUCUUCGAAACCUGUUAACGAAUACUUCAAUCCAAAAUUACUAGCAGGUCUCUAUCCAACUCUGUUUUGUUACGGGCAUGAAUCACCUGAAGAUCAAUCACGUCCAGUUGAAAUAAACUUACGUGAACACAUACGUUGCCUAUUGUCCUACAAUGAUCGACGUUUUGAAAGGAAUCACAGCUUUAUAUUUGUGGUUUUUAAUCUAUUACAACGAUGCGAUGCUUGUUUUCAUGCUCACUUAAUAGCGACGAAGCCUUAUUUUCGAGUCACUGCUCAUGAAAUCCAGUCUUUGAACAGUAAAGAUAUUGAAAUAGCCCUUGAUCACAUUUCCACAAGAACGUACAGUUCAGAACCAAAUAGUGUGUUAAAGAAAUUACUGAACCACAUCAAAACUAUCGGCGGUAGAGUCAUGAGCUCAGCAUAUUCACGUGCGGCCUUGCGUACUCGUAUUCAUGCACUAAUUUUUAAUCAAGGUCUCCACAGUAUUUUUCUAACUCUAUAUCCAGCCGAUAUUCAUAGUCCCGUGGCACUAUAUUUUGCAGGUGUCAACCUUGAUCUGGACAAUAUUAGAGCAGCUUAUGACUACAUACAAAAGAGCUGA